UGUUGAUCGAUUAGAGGUGCAUUGUUAGUCCGAAGAACUGGGACACAUUCAUUACAGACUAAAGAAGCUGUUUUUAUUCCCAAAUGGUAUUAUUAUUGAGGAGGGAAACAGCUUGAUUCACCAUUCAAGACCUAACGACCAGGGCUAAUUAUCCAGCAAUGGAUAUACCGCCCCUGCACCUGCAGCCGGACCGGCGAAUGGCUGACCCACAUUCCGUCGCAAACAUGUCCGAGGGGAGAUUUAGUAAUGAGUUGAACUCUCGUGUAACACCGCAGUACUCUGCACCAAGGAUGUCUGAUUUAGGAAGUUAUCCGUUUGUUCCCAACAUGGCAGAUGACCGACUUCGUCAGGAUGCAAAUGCCAUGAACAAGAAUGGAAACCGACCUGGGUCAAAUCAGUACACGGUUCCAGGAAUGGAAAAAGACUUGGAUUCAAACAGCUCUGAUAAAUCUGCACAACAUAAUCGUGGUCAGAUUCCAAACCCGUAUAUACCUCCAGGAAUGCCUGACACGAGAAAGCCAUAUGAGUAUAAAGACCGGUACAAGAGGAGUAUGUAUGGUCCAGAAUUCUUCCAGGCAGCCACACAACUUGCAAAUUUCGGAAUGCACAACCAGGCAGAAAAGCAGCCAGAUUCACAUUCACAGAAGUCGAACGAUGCCAUGGACCCUUAUCAGAGAAAUACCUCAUAUGGUCCAGAAUUCUUUCAGGCAGCUACUCAGCUUGCCAACUUUGGCAUGCAUUCUACAGAGAGACCCCCAGAAACAGAUGUCUGUGGCAUGGGAGGCAUCCAGACUGGGUUUUUGCCAUCAAAUUUUGGAAUGCAACAUACAGUUGGAGAAAAACAAGCUGAAAAAGAGAUGGAUAAGGAUCCCAAUCGACACAAUACCUAUGGUCAGGAGUUCUUCCAAGCUGCAGCCCAACUUGCAAACUUUGGUAUGCGUUCAGUGGAAAAGCCACCCUGAGUUUCAGAACCUGACUGAUGUUUGUGGAAUGCCUGUGUUCCCCGGAGCUCCAGGUGCUAACCAGCAAGCCCAGGGAUCAGAGUCUGACAAAUCUGAAAAAGACCCCGUAUACCAUCAGGGAGACCAUCAAUAUGUUGUCCAUCAAGGAAUGGGAAAGAAGAAACCUCCCAAAAAGCCGAAAGUGUCUAAGGAGGAUGACGGUAAACCGUAUAAAUGUGAGAUAUGUGGUAAAGGUUUUGGACAGCCACAUGACCUGCCCAUACACUUAAAGUCACACACAGGUGAAAAGCCCUAUAAAUGUAAUGUGUGCUGUAAAGGAUUCAAGCAAGCUUCUAUCCUGAAACGCCACCUCCGAAUCCACACUGGAGAAAAGCCGUAUGAGUGUGAUAUCUGUGGAAAUGGAUUCAUCAAUCGUAAUCAACUACACAAGCAUCUGAAAACCCACGAAGGCGAGGAAAAGAAACCUUUAAAGUGUUAUGUCUGUGGACAGGAUUUCAAGAAUGAAAUUACAAAUCUGCAGAUCCACUUUCUAACCCACACGGGUGAGAAGCCUAACACCUGCGGUGUCUGUGGAAAGCGAUCUAAGGACAUGAACAAGCUGCAGCGCCACAUGAUGACCCACACUGGGGAAAAACCAUACAAUUGUAUUGUGUGUAAGAAAGGUUUUAACAUGCCGUACACCUUGUUAACCCAUCUUCGCACCCACACUGGCGAAUACGGGUACAAGUGUGACAUUUGUGGUAAGGGAUUCAACCAGACGGGAGACAUGCAGCGCCAUCGCAGGACUCAUACUGGUGAAAAACCGUACAAGUGUGAGACUUGUGGAAAGAGUUUCAAUUUACUGUACAACUUGCAAACUCACCGUAGGAUCCACACUGGUGAAAAACCAUACAUCUGCACUACAUGUGGGAAAGGUUUCGCAGAUGGAGCCAAUCUUUAUCGACACAGCAAAACCCACACCCAGGAAAGGUCGUACAAGUGCGAAAUCUGCAACAAGACCUUCACCUUGGCACAAAGUGUCCAGCGACAUCGCAGACUACACACUGGAGAAAAACCAUACAAGUGUGAAAUCUGUGGCAAAACCUUCAGGCAGAAAGGCAACCUUGGCGUCCACAAUAAACGCGUCCACAUCAAACAGGCUCGACUUGCAGCCGAAAGAGAGGCCAGGUCGAAAGAGGAUGCUGAAGCAAAUGCAGUUGCUAAUGCUAAGGCCAAAGAAGCUAAAGCAAGAGUGAAAGAAGAGAAAGCAAGGAUCAGACUUGAGAAGAGGGAGGCAAAAGCAGCUGCAAAGGCUGCAGCAGCUGCUGCUAGGGCUGCAGCCAAAGCGGAAAGGUUGCGAAUUAAACAGGAAAUGGAAGCAGAAGCCGAAGAAGAGCCAGAAAUUGAAGAAGAACCACAAGCUGAAGGAGAAACAGAAACUGCAGAGGAACCACAAGCUGAAAAGGAACAAGAAAUGGAAGGGGAACAAGAACCUGAAGAGGAGGAGGAGGAAGAGGAUGAUGAGGAAGAAGAGGAGGAAGAGGAACAUGUAGAAGCAGAAAUGGAACAUGAAGAUGUAGGGGCAGGAAAUGAAAAUAAAUCUAGAGGUGGACAGAAUAACAUGGAUGGAUCAGAAAAGUCUGAUUCAGAAAAAUCUGAAUCAGAAGCUGAAAGUGAAAGUGAGGGGGAAGAAUCUAUGGAUGAGCAUGAUGAUGGAGAUAAGGAGGAUAUUUCAGUUCCUGUUAUGGAGAGAGGCCCUCCAAUUCCUCCACAGUGAGGGCGAUGGAGGGAGGCCCUCAGAUUCCUCCACAGUGUGGGCAAUGGAGAGAGGCCCUCGGAUUCCUCCACAGUGAGAAGGACAAAACAUGUACAGGUUGAUGAUAAAGGCAUCUGUAAUUAGAAGUAUUUAGGAAAUCAGUUUUUAUUAGGUGUCUGUGAUACCUCCACAAAAUACCAUUCAACUAUUUAAGGUCCAUGUUAGAGUACUGUUCUCAUAUCUUAGUAAGGAAUUAUAAUUACCAAUUACAUCUGCUGAAAACCCUAUGUGUGCAUAAAUUGGUGAUAUCAGAUUUCACUGAUACUACUUUUCGCAUCGUCUGACAUGACAACCAACUUGUUUUUGUGAAAACUUUGUAUAGACUUCAAUGCUUUAUACAUAUAUACAUAUACCAUCACUUGUAUCUGCAUUGAACUAAUUCUAAGCAUUAAUUUCUUUUUUUAAAUGUUACCUUAAAUCUACUGUAGCCAGAAACAGGUCAAUGAUAAUUUUCAGUCUACAUGUUGGCCUGUAUUUAUAGUAGAAUGAUGCGGAAAAAUUGAAUGGCAAAUAAGAAUAUAUUUUUGACAUUUGUAUUCUAGCCUAUGUGUAUUCCAGUAGCUGGACCUUUUUUUUUUUUUUUUUGCUGCAGUUAAUCCUACAUUAAUUCAAUUUUGCAAAAAUAAUGUGAAUGUUUUCUUCAAAUGGGCUUCCAAAAACUGGUUUUACUUGAUUUCAGUAAACUAUGGUCCAGCAGAAAACGAGUUUGAUUAUUAUAGUUCUGGAAAAAUAUUUUUCAAAAAGCUUUAAAAGUCUACAUAAUUAUGAUAGAAAACAUGUUUUUCUUGGCUAGGUUAGAUAUACAGUAUCUGGUAACUACUUUCAUGGUAUUGAGUUGAAUUGGUAGAUUCCAUCCAUAAUUUGUACAACUGUGAUGUUCAUCUUGAAAUAUGUGAACAUGUAAUACAACGUAAAAACACUUUAUUUCCUUGCUUCAUACAUAUUUAGGACCCAGAUUUCCGAACAAUUGGGGUUACAUUUUGGCUUGAAAGGAUGCGGGAAAGUCUUUAUAGAUUUUCAUAUGAAUAUAUGCCAAUUACAUAUUCUGUGAUGAAUGUGUUGCCUUUGUGAUGGAAAUCAUUUUGGAAUGAUAGUUAAUAUUGAAUGUGUGCAAAAUUGAUUAACAAAUUGAAAUUAACAAAAUCAAAAUAAAUUGUUUUUGAAAUGGUGGGACGUGUCACAGCUGGGAGUUUUGUUUGUGAAAGUAUAACAUUCUCGCAAUCUGAGGUCCAAACCUGUCUGUAGAACAAAAAUUUACACAAUCUUUAAACAACAUGAUUUAUUUAUAAAAAAAAAGAUUGAGAGAGAGAGGGGUGGGGGUUGUAUUUUCACUUUUGGGGCUUGAAAUUAGGCCUUUUUGAUAAAGAUGAAUUCAUUUAGUUACUUCCAGAUAAAAACACCUUUAAAUGGAUGGAGUCGAAUUCUCUUAAAUAUUAUUAAUAUAAAUCUACUUGUUUGAGCAAUAACUUUUACAUACGUGUUUGAUAGUUACCUCCCUUGAUCCUGCUUACAAGAGUACUUGUUAAGAAUUUGAUUCAGUGUAUUGAGUGAUUUUAUAUACUGAGAAUGAAUACAUGUAUAGAUAUGGCUUUUGUUAAUUUUGUAUAUAAAACAAAUGUAUAUAUUGUUACAUGUUAAAAACCAUAUGAUUUGUUAAAUGUACAUAUCCUUUUUGAACAUUUUUCAUUUCUUUUUUAAGAAAAGUGAUUAUGAUGGUUUAAUUUUAGAGUAACAAUUCUUAGGGACAUUUUUUUGUGAUUUUUUUCUGUUGAAGUAUACUGGUAUAAUAUAUAAUGAGAGGGAGGAGGUGAAAAUAACAAUUGAUUUUUUAUCAUUUUCAUAAAAGAAAAUUUGAAAUCUGUAACCAAAAAGUUUUCUCAUAAAAUGGUUUAACAGAUGUAUUGCUGUGAAAGAAUUUUUCCUUAAAAAAUAUAAAAUAAGAAAAAUAAUCAUUCCUAUGCUUAUUAGUCAAAAUGUUAUCUCGAGAAUCAGGAUUUUAUCUCUUAUGAAGGGAGAUAACUCUUGUAAUUGUUUUGUUCUGUGCAGAUUUCUUUCUCAUUUGG